AUGUCAAUCAUCCAACAGCACACGAGCGCCACUCUGGGCGACGCCUGGCGUACUAUUAACAUCGACGCUCUGGAAGAGGACUCCAGCGUCAACUUCGACACCUCCACCCUCCACCCCCCACAGCCCGAGAUCGACGAGGCGGCAGUGCGACAGCUUUCUGGACAGAUCAGGCAGCUACUGCGAGGAGGGGAUGCUGAGGGAGCUUUGAGGGGAAGCUUGGAGACUCCUGUCUACAACGGAACAGAUGCUGCCAAGGAUGCGCAUCUGCACACCAUUAUUGAGGUUCUUCAGUCGAUCAAGGCCAGCGAUAUGUCCCCCCUGUUGAAGAGCAUCUACGGUUCUGAUGGAGGCCCCGAGUGUCUGGAUGUUCUGAUGAAGUAUAUUUACAAGGGAAUGGCUACGGUUCACCCCGGAACAGCUUCGCGAACACCGAACAAGGUUACACCCCAAUCGACAGGAGGCUUCAGCCAGAUGGGAGGACGACCUGGCGGUGUGAACGAACCAGCAACUGCCGCCAUGAGCGUGCUUCUGAGCUGGCAUGAGAAGGUUGUUGAGGUCGCUGGUUUGGGAUGCAUCGGCCGAACAAUGACAGACUGGCGCAGGGUCUAG